AUGGAAGGCGUAAGGGCUGCACAAACACUCAUGCGCCGUAGCCAUUCCGGGCUGGCCAAGGCUACUGCGUUAAGGUCGCGCGCCGCCUGCGCACACUCGGCUGCUCGCGUGCGAUUAUUCAACCCGUCAGCGCUGCAGCCAGCCUCGACAUGGACGAAUCCCGCUCCGACAUGCACGCGGUGCUUCUCCAGCAGCACAGUGCUCUUUGCCAAGGGCAAGAAUGCCAGAGGCUCGAAAAAGAAUGCACAAGAAGCGACAUCAUCCAGGAAGCAAGCCGACGACGAUGAUGCCGGCGCGCAGGGUCGCCGCGGCAAGGCAGAAGUCCCCGCAGAGGACCCGUUCAUUCUCGACGAAACGGAAGAGGCGUACGCGCGCGUGGCGGCACGAGGUGAGGACAAGCUCAAGGCGAUCAGGAUGGGCUCGCGCUUCACGCCGGAGGUGCUGGGCAAGGUGCCGGUGACGCUGUCGAAAAAGGCGGGGGGCAAGACGGUGCUGCUCGAGGAGACGGCGCUGGUGGACGUGCGGCAGGGGCGCAUGGUGCAGCUGACGCUGUUCGAGGCCGAGAACCGCAAGGCGGUCAUCAGCGCCAUCCAGGCCAGCGAUCAGUUCAACCAGCAGCCGCAGCAGGACCCCGAAGACCCGACCAUCCUGACGCUCAAGGUGGAGCCCGAGAAGCUCGAGGACCAACUGCGCAACGCAAAGGAUAUCGCCCACACUUGGAGGGAGGGCUUGCGCAAGGUGACAAACGCUCGGCAGAAGAAGCACGCGCAAUGGAAGGAUGCCAAGAUAAUAACCAAGGACGAUAGGACCAAGCUGGACAAGGUGGUGCAAAAGAUGCAGGAUACCUGCAUGAAGGCAGUCGAUGCUGCCGAGGAAAGGGCGGUCCAAGCACUGAAAAAGGCGAGGUCCAAUACGCUAGACUUUUGA